AUGUCUCGCCUGCGGUUGCCAGUGUCUCUCAUCACGGCGGUAGCUUCGUCCUUGAUCAUAUCAGCAUACGCAAUAUCCACAAUCCUACAGGAACGAAAACGCAAGAAACCCCCAGCGGCAACCGCCUAUAGUUAUACCGCCACAGCCGCUUCGUCUCCCGCAGUGCAGCACAAGCGCAAGCUCAUAACCAUCGGCUUCAGAGGCUGUUCCGAAGAAGAAGCCACAGCCAUCAACGCGGCCGGGAAACCCGUCUACGACGCGACCAAGACGACGGGCAAAAAGAUGCUGGGUUCGGGGAUCUACCUGGCCGACCGGCUGGAGAACGCGUUCAAAGAACCCGGGACGCACGACUGGAUCUGCGUCGUGAAGGCCCGACGCGAUUGCAUACAGGACACGCCCAAGGUCUGGCUGGCGAAGAUGGUCAGGCCGUGGAGGGAGGGCCAGGGCGAGGCGGACGUCAGGAUCAGCCACGAUGAUGGACUGAUAGAUGAGUAUAUCCGGUUCAUGGGGGACGGUGCCGUCGAUCCCGCGAGGACUCUACGUCUUGGGAUAGGGCAUAAGGGGAGUGUCAGUCCGCGGCUGCUGGUUACGCCUGCGCUUGUCGAGGAGGAUGGGUUGGGACUUUGGGCGAGGUGUCUGAAGCAUGAUGACUUGGCGGGCUUGGCUGAUGAGAAUUUCGAUCCGGGCUUCGUGACGGACUAUGGGGGUGUGCCGUGGGAUAGGCCUGUUUUUAGGGCGGCGCCUAUGGAGGGACUUUAUGAGGAGUUGGUGUCGCUUGGUCUGGUCUCUUCACUUGAGUGA